AUGCCGACGCCGUCCUCGGAGCCGCCGCUCGAUCCUUCUUCACCGCCGUCUUACACAUUUUCGACUUGUCCCGACGAGUUGCAACAUUUAUCCCAAACCGCCCAGUCAUCUCGUGAAGAAAUGACUCCUGGCUUGGAAUCGCCCUCGGACAGGCGGAGCCAAUCGCCUCAUGAGACUCCUUCUGUCGACUCGGAGCAGUCACGCAACAUGAUCAGAGGUGAUUCUUUAGUGACAGACGAUCGUAUCUCCGCCGAGUCGUCAUCUCGGGCCACUACAGUAUCCCCACGCCCGCGAUCCAGCGCGAACGGCGCUCUUUCCCCCCCUUCUGAUAUCGGCAAUGGCAAACAACAAGGACUCGAGCGCCGAUCCAGUACCCGUCAACCAGCUGUCACGGGCAGCCCGUCUCCAUCCAGUGCUGCCAAUCGACAAGAAGAAAACGACAGCGAGCCCGAAACAUACGACGACCAUACACUGAGCUCAUGCUACACUGGGCUCGACUACUCCAACAAAAGAUCUAUUCCUUUUAGUCCAUCAUCCUACCUACGACCAGGUACCAAAUUCCACGGCACGCAACAGUCUGAACGGCAGGUCUACGAGGUUCAGGUCGAAAUAAAAUAUGUCGACAUGCGCGAGUCGUUCUUAUGCGGAUAUCUGCGCAUUCAGGGUCUCACCGAAGAUCACCCAACCCUCACCACAUACUUCGAGGGCGAGAUUAUCGGGACGAGGUACAGCUUCAUCACACAGCACGACGACUGGGGUGCCAACUCCAAAGUGGACAUAAGCCACUGGUCCAAGUUUGGUGCGUUUCGGCCGUACUCAAAGAGACAGGGCAAAAAGGGGUCCGUCAUCAUACCCGACGUCGCGCAAAAGGAGUUCAUAUUUAUGCGAUGGAAAGAGCACUUCCUCGUACCGGAUCAUCGAGUCCGCACUAUUCACGGAGCCAGUUUUGAGGGCUUCUACUAUAUAUGCUUCAACCAGGUCAAAGGCGAAGUCAGCGGUAUCUACUUCCACUCGAAGAGCGAAAAAUUCCAGCAGCUUGAGCUUAAAUACGUCCCAGACCGAGGAUGUUUCAUGGCCAUGGAGUUUCGAUGA